CUCAAAUCGCCCGCAGAGGUAUCGCGCGAACGCGUCGCCGUGCGCGAUCGUGUGUUUUCGUGGCUCGUUAUCGUAUACCAGCAGAUAACGCUGCGGGGCCCGGCGGCGCGUUGCAGAGCCGCGCCGCGGCAUCAGCAAUCGGUCCGCCAACUGGAAAGUAAAGUGUGCUCGAGAGGCGCGCGUACAACCGCUCCGCUGUGCAUCUGCGCCCGGGGAGAGAAGUGCCAACGCGAGGCAAAAUGGCGGCCACGCACCUAGACGUCGGCCUCCGCUGCAUCAAGUACCUGCUGUGCGCGGUCAACUCCCUCUUCGUGUUAACGGGAGUGAUGAUAAUAUCAGUCGGUACGACGAUCUACGCCGUUUAUGAGAACUUCUCGCAUUUUCUGGAUCCAAGCUACUUUUCGCCAGCCACCCUCUUAAUCGUAGUCGGAAUACUUGUCUUCAUAAUUGCCUUUAUGGGAUGUUGCGGUGCGCUUAGAGAAAGCACCUGCAUGGUUCUUGUGUUUGCAGUCUUGUUAUCAUUUGUGUUGCUAUUGGAACUGGCCGCCACCGUUGCAGCGUAUGCCUUGCAAGACGGUAUCAAGAGUCUCCUAGCUGAAAAGAUUAAUUUAACGAUGCAUCAAUACGAAAAGAAUGAGGAAGCCAGAUUUGCAAUCGAUUUUAUGCAGUCUAGGUUACGUUGUUGCGGAUAUAAUAACUACCAAGAUUGGAACAAUGUAUCGUUCAAUAAUACGCAUAUGGAUGUACCCGACUCUUGCUGCGCAUAUUUAGUGGAUGAACUUUCGGACCGCUGUUAUGGAAAAUAUCAGGAAGGCUGUAUUAACCGCCUUUCUGUUAUUGUUGAACGUAGCGCAUUAUACAUCGGCACGGGAGCCGUAGCGAUUGCCCUUAUUCAGCUAACGGGAAUUAUGUUCGCGUGUAUGCUUGGACGAGCUAUCAGGCGUCAAAAGACAGAAAGGGAGAGGCGUCGUUGGGAAUUACGAGAGAAUUUAGUGAACGGUUACGAACCAUUGGGAAAAUCAGAUCCCGUAACUACGUUUCCCGUUGUGUAUAUGUCGCCAGAUUAUCCAUUAAAAGGCGAUCAAAAAUGUUAACAUUUUGAUAUAAAAAUCGAAUAAUUUUACCAAAUGUACUUUUUAUCUUUUCAAAUUCGUAAGCAAAAAUUGAUAAAAGCCGAGUAAUGAAAAAGAAAGAUAUGAAAAGAUUUUAUUUUUUAACAAAUUACAAAUGCGUUUAUGAGAAUGAAUAUUUAUUCUCCAUUUUUAUGUUUAGUUUUAUAAUAUACUAGAGAGCUCAGUGAAUUAUUGUCGGACAAGAAAAAACAGUACUUAUUAUCGAAUAAUUGCUUGACCUAUAAUACAAAGUUUAAUAUAUUUUUCUUAAUAGAUAUAUGUAUACAUACGGACAGUCUGAUUGUUUGCUUUAAGUAAUUUGUACUCCAAUCAUUAAAUAUUAUGUUUAAAUUCAAA